AUGUCUGCCACUCUUCUUUUGCUUGCUGCUCUCCCAAGUGCACUGGGUCUUGCCCGCCCUGACGGUGUUGGGACCCUUCCUGCGCUGGGUUGGAACAGCUGGAACGCGUACUUCUGUGAUGUCAAUGAAACGAAACUUCUCAGUGCCGCCAAUCUCAUCAUUUCACUAGGCCUCAAGGACGCAGGCUAUGAAUAUGUGAACAUUGAUGAUUGCUGGAGUAUCAAGGACGGCCGCGACAAUACAACGCAACAGAUCAUCCCAGAUCCAAACAAAUUUCCUAACGGUAUCGUUGGAGUCGCAUCGGAGAUCCACAACCUCGGUCUCAAAACUGGCAUCUACUCCAGUGCUGGUACAAAGACUUGCGCGGGCUACCCUGCAUCCAUUGGAUAUGAAUACAUUGAUGCUGCCACGUUUGCCGGCUGGGGGAUUGAUUACCUCAAGUACGACAACUGUUACGUGCCAGGCAAUUGGUCCGACGCAAAGGCUUCCGGUGACAACUACAACUACAGCACCUCGAAUACGGCAGAACGUUACCGUAUCAUGAGGGACGCCCUUGUUGCCCAAAACCGUACCAUCCUCUACUCCUUGUGUGAAUGGGGUCAGGCGAAGGUCUGGACGUGGGGCAACGAGACCGGCAACUCGUGGAGAACUACUGGCGACAUUACUCCCGAUUGGAACAGCGUAAUGUCGAUCUUUAACGAGCAGACCUUCAUAUCAAACUACACGGACUUCACCGGCCACAAUGAUCCUGAUAUGCUCGAAGUCGGCAAUGGCAAUCUCACCCUAACCAAAACGCGCAGUCACUUCGCCCUGUGGUCUCUCAUGAAGGCACCGCUCAUUAUUGGAACUGACUUGAGUAAACUCAGUCAGGAGAACCUCGACAUUCUGCUUAACAAGUACUUGCUCGCUUUCAACCAGGAUGCAGUCUACGGCGCUCCAGCAGAACCCUACAAAUGGGGUGUGAACACCGAUCAGACAUACAACCGCACGAAUCCGGCCGAGUUCUGGUCUGGAGACUCUUCCAACGGAACAAUAGUCGCCAUGCUGAAUACACUUGACUCCACCCGCACGAUGCGUGCCGACUUCGGCGAGAUCCCUGGACUUGACGCUGACGGCCCAUACAAGAUGUUGGACGCUUGGACUGGUGAGAGCGCAGGUUGCGUCAAAGGCGGCCUCGACGCGCAAGUGGAGAGUCACGACACGGCAGUCUACUUGAUUCAAGAAUAUUGCGAGUGCUGA